UCGAUCGCCAUAGUUGUUCCUUCUAGGAAUGUGCGUGAACUGCAGAACGAGUGAUGGGGGCUCGGGAGGUGUACGAAGAGAAGCUACGAACAAGGAAUCUAUACCAUGAACCUACCAUUAAACCAGGUCUCGGUACCCCUCGCUGCCCUCGUUGUCUCUCUUCUUUGAAAUCAACCUCGGGUUUGAAGUUUGAAGAUUCUAUCUCAAUUCUAGGAAUACCAUAUAUUCAAAAGCAUGCGAAAAAUCAAACUUCUGGACUAAAUACGAAAUAUGAUAUGGGCUUCCAAAUUUCACUCAACUCAGUGUUACAUCUUACUAUGCUUCUUCAAGUGCCUCACAUUACACUAUUUCAUUGAUUACUCGAUAUAUUGAAGACACUUAGGUGCUGUUUGAUUUUCUGAAGCAAAAAUUCAUGAAGUCUGCGAACCACCUCUGCAACCCUCUGCAGUAGAAGAGGUGGACCAAACGGCUGCAGACUGUAAUAAGAAGUGUGCUUGUUUUUUUUAACAUCUGCUUACUGGUGCAGAUAUUAAAAAAUUAAAAUAAACUAAUUUUAUAAAUCAAAAAUAGUUUUUAAAUACGAAAUUUUUUAUAAUGUAUAUAACAUUUCGGCAAAAAUUAAUGAUAAUUCAGUAAAAAAUAAUGAUAUUUCAACAAAAAAAAUAAAGAUAUUUAGUAAAAAAAUAAUGAUAUUUCAUUAAAAAUUAUCAUUAUUCAAUAUAAAAAAACGAAAAAAAAAAUCAACAAGAAUAAACAAAAAAAAUGAAAAAUAAAAAGUGAAAUAAAUUUUCAAUAUAAGAAAAAAUUCAGCAAGAAAAAAAAAAGAAGAGGCUGGAAGAGGUUGGAAGAGGCAGUACAAGUGUUGCGCCAAACAGAGCACGCGCAGAGGUUUUUGACUCUGAAGACUUCUAAAAAACAAACAGCUGCGAGAUGAAAAGUGCUGCGCGUGUGCUGCGCCGUGCAACAAUAAGAGGUCUGAAGAGUUUUUUUUUUCCAAAAAACAAACAGCACCUUACACUUCUCGUUCUCAACAACAUAAGCUUCAAUGAUUACUUGCAGCCUUUUAUGUGCACAUUGCUUGAUUUUUGGCUCUUAUAGUGCAAAUAGCUUAUAAAAUUUUGUUUAUUCAUCUACACUAAUUUUUAUGAGCAUCUCUUCAAUAGUUCAUACUUGCCGAUAAAUAUAAUGAUUGUUUAAUA